UUGAAGACAGGAAAGCAGUCACGCGCUUUAGUAAAACGAUUAGAUGAUUCAGCGCGUGGAAGCGAACGAUUCAAAGAUUCAAACGCCGAAUCGUUCGGAAACGAAGCACCACAUUGACAUUUCUGCUUCCUAGUAGACUUGAAGUCGUCAGGUGUUGUUGCUGUUACUAUGUCGACACUAAAGAAAGUUAUAUGGCCCCAAAUCAUUCUCUUCGGCGACUCAAUAACGCAGUUUGCGUUUCAAGCGAACGGAUGGGGAUCCGAAAUCUCUCAUAAACUCGCCAGAAAAUGCGACGUAGUAAACAGAGGCUUGUCGGGUUACAACACAAGGUGGGCUAAGAUUGUGCUUCCUCGCAUCGUGCCCAUUUCUGAUGCUCCUAUUGCGGCUGUGACCGUCUUCUUCGGCGCUAAUGAUUGUGCAUUGGAAGACAAAAACCCCGCGCAGCACGUGCCUCUCCAGGAGUUCACGGAGAAUAUAAAAGAUAUUGUCAAAUAUCUGCUGUCUAUAGGAGUGUCCAAUGACAAGAUCAUCUUCAUCACACCACCACCACUUCAAGAAGCUGCCUGGGAGAAAGAGUGCUUGCUAAAAGGUUCAGCUUUGAAUCGGCUGAACUCUGUGGCUGGUCAGUAUGCGCAGGCCUGUGUUCAGGCUGCUGGACAGUCUGGUGUGGAUGUUCUGGAUCUCUGGACGCUCAUGCAGAAAGACGGACAGGAUUUCUCAGUGUAUCUUUCGGACGGACUUCAUCUCUCUGAUAAAGGCAAUCAGUUUGUGGCAGAGCAUUUAUGGACACUUCUUGAGAGGCGAGUGACUGAUUUGCCCUUCAUUCUGCCUUACUGGGGGGACGUGGACCCAAAAUGCCCUGAGAGCAGCCUACUGUGUGAUUAAAACACAGGUCAGAUGAUGCACAGCGUACAAAACACCAUUCAGUUCCUGUGGUUUGGACAUUUUUUGAUCCGCUUAUCAUCAUAAAUUGUGCAAGGACCAUCCACCAGUCACGACUUGAUUUGAAAACAGGAGGUGUUUUGAGUUAAAUCACAGAUGUCGCAGAUAAUGUUUAAUGUUCAGCCAAAAAUAUAUUUAGAUUUCAGAACCGCUAAUGUGAGGCCAAUUGAUUUAUUGAGCUUCUUAUACGCACUAAGCUUUUAAGUUGGGACAAUAAUGGCUUUCAAUUUUAGAUCUUCUUGCAAUAUCACAUGUAUUUUCUUUCAGGGUCAUAAAAUAAUCAAAAACACUUCAGUGUAGAGGCAGUUUAUUCAUGUGGCUUCAAACCCCAAGAAUACAUGUUAAAUAAAUGUGACAUAACCAAGCAUCAAAAACACACACACUGAAUGAUAGCAGAAUGAGAUCAGAUACAGCUGUCUACAUCCAAGUGAGAUGUUUUAAUUACUUCUGAUUUGAUAUACAGGAAAGUAAGAAACAAUACAAAAUAUAUAUUUAGUCAUUUGACUUAUUAUGGCACAUUAAAACUUUACAAGAUCUUAAAAUUCGACUGUAAUAGUUAAAGUCAGAUAUUUCACAGUGGGGGAAUACUAUAUCGAUUGAUUUUGGUCACGUCUAUACAACGGUUUUAGUGACAAAAAGAGAAAAUCUAUGAAAUAUGCACAUCCCUCGGCUCUGUAAUCAGUGUUUCACAUAUUCAUACUGCUAUAUUAAAAUGACAUGAGAUGCUAUAGAGUAUAUAGUAGUACAAAUUAAACUGAACAAACCUUGACGCAAAAAAAUGAAGUGCAAUUUCUAUCUUUAAGCCUUAAGAACACGUAAAAUAAAACUCAUUAUAAAUUGCAUCUCUUCUUACAUUUUCCAAACACGUAUGACAUUUAAUUCAUAAACAUAUGGCAUAGGACAUGCAUAGCUUGAAUCUUCUCAGCAAGUCGACCAGUGUAAUAUUAAAAGUAUAGAGUCAUGCAGUAGUCCUGCUGCUCAUGUUCUUAAUGAGGUAUACAUGAAUAAAAAUACAAAAAUUUUACACUACUGGACGUGUUACAAGGCACAUACUGACUGUAUUAAAAGAAUAUUAAAUAUAAGUUAAAGGGACAGUUUACCAAAAAUGAAAAUUCUGUCAUCAUUUACUCACCGUCAUGUCAUUCCAAACCCAGAAGUCUUUUAAUCAUCUUCGAAACCUGCAUUCUCUCCAAUCAAAAGUCCAUUCUCCCAAAACUUUCAUACUUGAAAAAAAUCAUGAAUACAUUAUAAUCAACGCUUUACAUGAUGAACAGAUUUAAU